GUAUUUAACUUUAGUUCUUUGUUAAAAUAGUUCGUACCUCCGUAGUAUUCGAAUUAAAAAAAAAAAGAAAAAGUGAAAAAAAGCAAAAUGUAUAAUUUGCAAAUUAUUCUUUCGUUCUGUAUGGUUUCCAUGAAUUUGAUACAAAUUCGUGGCCACGGUAUGAUGAUGGAUCCGAUUAAUAGAAGUAGCGCUUGGAAAAAACAUUUUCCUGUUCCUCCUAAUUUCAACGACAAUGAACUUUUUUGCGGUGGCUUUGCGACUCAAUAUGAAAAAAAUGAUGGUAAUUGCGGCGAAUGUGGUGACGAUUGGUCUUUGCCACGACCUAGACCCAACGAAAAUGGCGGUAUUUAUGGAACUGGCUUCAUUGUUAAAAAAUAUACAGAGGGCCUUCACAUCCAAAUUCAAAUCAAUAUAACCGCCUCUCAUUUGGGACAUUUCGAAUUCUCUAUUUGUCCUCUAAGUAACCCGAAGGAGCUCGAAAUGGACGAAUGUUUUGCUAAAUACCCGGUACAAUUGGCCGAUGGUUCGUAUAAAUAUAACAUCAAAACAUUCGAACCUGAGGUCUAUUCAAUCGAAGCAAUUCUUCCUCAAGGACUUAUCUGUGAGCAUUGCGUCCUUAGAUGGCAUUACAGAACUGCAAAUAGUUGGGGUAUUUGUGAUGAUGGUUCAGGAAAUAUCGGCUGUGGCGAUCAAGAAAUCUUUAGAAGUUGUUCUGACAUCGCUAUUACUAAGUAAAAUCUAUUUCCUUCCUGCCGAAUUGUCCUAGAUUCUUUCAAACAUCACAAAUGAGAGAAAAAUUAUAUCUGACGAAUUAUCUAUGAAGAUCAUUAGCAUAAAUUAUCGUUAACGAUCGUGAAAAUUAUUUGAAGCAUCAGAUAAAAUCUCUACAGAGAAAUUUAA